UGCAAAAGUUAAUUGCUUCUCUGCGACCACAUCUAAAAAAAACUGCUUGCAGGAGCUUUCCUCUGAUACUUCUUCCUCUUCAAGCAGGACCAUGCUAGCUGGUAUGAAGGCAGACAUGCAAGAAGAGGUGUGGCCAGAGUUAGAAAAGGCGGAGAGAUUGGCUAGAGGUGCCGCCCUCAAAUGGGCCUCAGGCAUUUUCUACCACCCUGACCAGCUUGAACAACUAAGCCAUUACCGCAAACGGGAGAGUCAGCGGACAUCAUCAAUCCAGUCACGACUCAAGUCUGCAGUGCAGUCUUACCUUGAAGGGGUUGGAGCAGGUCUUGCACAACUUCACUUAGCCAUGGACGAUAUCCAGGAGAUGACGUGCAAGAUGAAAGAGAUUCACAAAGAAUGCAGAGACAACACCAUAGGAUUUCAGUCUCUGGAAUGCAUCAGAGACUGCAGUUCUGAAUAUAAACAGCUAUCAGUGGCCAUCCAAAAUUUGCCACGACUUUACUCUGUGCCUGCUAUGGUAAUGGAAACAAAACAGCUAAUAGAUUCAAAGCAUCUAUUAGAAGCUCAUGCACGACUAAUGGAAUUAGAAACAUGGCGGGAUGACAUCUACUGGCAGCUUCAGCAGAGAGGGCCACCUAGCCCGGAGACUGAAGAAAUGUUUUUGCGCUACUUUGCUGGAGUACAGACAUUGGAGAAGACCCUGGCAAAGACAUUGUGGGAAGUGAUUGACUGUGGUCUUGCACUGGUAAGGGAAGACCCCACACUUUUCGUCUCGGCGGUGCGCAUCAUUGAACGUGAGGAAAGUAUUGACCAAGCUCUCCUGGAAAAUUCUGAGGCCAACUCUUACUUCCUUCCUCCAGGUCGUCCAAAGAACUGGAGGUCCAUGUUCUUCAACACCAUUGAAAAGUCAGUCAAUCAGCGCCUGCGUGAAACAUAUAUAAGUAUACGGGGACAAGGACUGGCAAAACAUUUGGCAUCCUUGCAGACAAUCAUCAUGAAUGACCUGGCUACUGUUCAGCAUCUACUGGAACAAUGCUGCCCACCUCAUUACCAUCUUACUCACACCUACCUGCAUAUAAUCCACAAGUGCCUAUCAGCUCAUCUCCAACAGGUGAUUAACUGGGAUCUAGAAAGCAGUGAGAUCUUCACACUGCUGAACUGGUCGCUUCACGUCUAUUACAGCCCUGAAAUGAUUCAGAAUCCAGAUCUUUGCUCUGAGGUUGACACUGAUGACCUUGCUCCUCUGAUAUCCAAUGAUGCACUUGAACAGCUGCAAACCAAGUACAUCAACACUGUCAGGUACAGUGUGUCUGAAUGGAUGCAGAAGGCAUUGGAGGUAGAAGUGAUGGACUGGCAGGGUGACCAGGAACCAGAGACCGAUCACGAGGGAUUCUACCAGACCAGCAUUGCUACUAUUGUCAUUCAGAUGCUGGAAGAGAAUAUCCGUGUUGCUUUAGUAAUUAGUGAAAGCUUGAGAGAUCAGAUGAUUGCCAUGGGCCUUUGUGAACUAGAGACUUUUGUCAGCAGGUUUCGGUCAGCACUUGUUGAAUAUGUGGAGCAGCAUCAGAAAGACAGAAAAUGCCCAAAGUACUUCCUUCAAUUUCUUCUUGCUGCAAUCAACAGUUUUGUCUCCUUAAGGAGUGCUGUGGACAGCCUUCACCAACAGCAGAAUCCACAUGUUCAGUGCCAGAGCAGCUAUCCUCCUUUUCUGAAGGGAACAUUAGAAGAAGCAACCAGAAAAGUAUGUCAGCUGGUGACCGAUGAGCUGCUCCUGGAGAUCCAGCCUUAUUGUCUACAUUUGCUGUGUCGCUCCUGGUUGUUCAACUGUGACUUUAUAGACAGCAUCUGCCGAACCAUAGAUCAGCAUUUCACCUUUUAUCAGCAUGUUCGGGAGCCCUAUUUCCAGGUCCUUGUUACUGAAGUGCAGUGGGCGCUUGUGGUCGAAUAUAUCCGUGCUUUCAUGCAGAAGCGCAUGGUCUGCCGCAGUGCUGAGGAGCGUAGCCAGCUUUCUGACAGAAUGAGCCACGACGCCCUACAAAUUAAGGAGUUAUUUCACAGGCGAGGGAUUGGACGAGAGAGUGGAUGGUGCCAGUGCCUUCAGGGACCAAAAACAUGUGAGAGGUUGACUGGAGUGUUGAACUCCAUGGCAGAGAUCAUCCGACUUAAGGACAAUACUGUGAUGAGUUUGAAGCUGGACAGACUCUUCUGCAAAUACCCAGAUAUCAGUGAAGAACAAGUCCUUGUGCUGUUAGAAAUAAGAGGAGAUGUUCCCAAAGAUGUUCGUAGCUCAGUACUGCAGGCACUGGAGCAGAGCGCUCAUCCUUUUCCUCAGGGUUAUCGGCCAAUCUUUAAAGAUAUUCUUGUGCCACCUUCCAGCAUGCCAUUCUGCAUUCCUACAAUCAAGUGUGCUUGAGAUAAACAUCGGUGGGCAUUUGGUACAGAGGAGCAUUUGUCAUCUUUUCCUUUCAAGAUGUUUUACAUUAAAUCCUGUAUUUUGUCAUAAAGCAUUGUUGUUCAAAUGGACUUUGGUUUGAAACAAUUUAAAGCAAUAUACACAUUUUCAA